CUGCUGUGGCGAGGCGUACUGUGACGCUUUUGGGAUCCGCUGUGCGAGUCAGUUGUCUGUUCGCAUCCAACCAGAAAGCAAGUAGGGUCUGUACUAGAGUUUCUUCGGUAAGAAGCCACGAGGUCGUUCGCUGCGUUAGCAAUUUCACGCGAGAGCACGCGCGAGCGUAAAGCAAACAACAAAAAAAUAAAUAUUUGUAUGCAUUAAAUUUCCGACCAGCGGCCAAAACUGCUGUUUAACGUUAAAAGUGAAAUAAAUUACUUGGCAACAACAACUAGCACAACUUUAUCAGCGCUAAAGGAGAGCAGCAAAACACCAAAACAGCGGUUCAGCACUUUAACGGAGUGACAGCGCUGAAGGUUAUUCUAAUAUCACUCUGUUACCAGAACUCAAAAAGACGCGGUACGAGUUGAUACCACUCAACAAAAACGACUUCGCCAAAAUUGCGCAAAAAAUUUCGUACCCCACCAGUUACACAAAUACAGCAAACCUGCACCUCAUAAACGAUCCGUUCACUAUAAUGGAGGGGUUCGUGCAUGACUGGCCCACGCCACCGCCCACAGACAUCCCCCUGCACAUGGAUCUAGUCAGCGAAUUGCAGGGCGAUGGCGGUUUUGAGCCACAGACGCGUGCCAGAUCGAAUACGUGGCCAUGCCCGCGGCCAGAGAACUUUGUGGAACCAUCGGAUGAUUUGGACAGUACGAAGGCGAGUAAUCAGCAAUUGGCGAGCGCAGAUUCGCAACAGACUAUACAGAAUAUAAAUACAGCGAAAAAGAACUCAUCGCGUCGUAAUGCGUGGGGCAAUUUGUCAUAUGCGGAUUUGAUAACGCACGCCAUCGGCUCGGCGACCGACAAGCGGCUAACGCUGAGCCAAAUCUACGAGUGGAUGGUGCAGAAUGUGCCGUAUUUCAAGGAUAAAGGCGACUCGAAUAGCAGUGCCGGCUGGAAGAACUCCAUACGUCACAAUCUCUCGCUACACAAUCGUUUUAUGCGCGUACAAAACGAAGGCACCGGCAAAUCCUCGUGGUGGAUGCUGAAUCCCGAUGCCAAACCCGGCAAAUCGGUGCGUCGACGUGCUGCCUCUAUGGAAACGUCACGCUACGAAAAACGUCGGGGGCGUGCCAAAAAGCGUGUGGAGGCUUUACGUCAGGCGGGCAUAACGGGUCUCAACGAUGCCACACCGUCGCCUAGUAGUAGUGUUAGCGAAGGCUUAGAUCACUUCUCGGAGAGUCCAUUGCACAGUGGCAACUUCCAAUUGUCACCGGAUUUCCGACAACGCGCCUCAUCGAAUGCCAGUUCCUGCGGACGCCUGAGUCCGAUACCAGCACUCAUAGGACUUGAGCCAGAUUGGAGUUUCGGCGGCGAUUACACAAGUACAAGCAUAACGCCAGCACAGGCAGCCUCCAUGGACCAACUCGCUGGCUCAAUUGCGGAGGUCAAACUGCCAAAGGAUAUUCUACAAGGGUUUAGCGCUGCCUCCGGCAUACCCACGCAGCCGCCACCGCCAUACCAGGCGCCACAGACGUACGGCCUGAACGGACCAGUCGUCUCGCAGGGCUACAGCCUACAGGCACAACAAUGCCUGUUGCAUCGCUCGCUGACGUGCAGCUGCUUGCACAACUCACGCGACGGUCUGUCGCCAAAUUCAGUCACCACAACCAUGUCACCCGCCUAUCCGAACAGCGAGCCGUCGUCCGACUCCUUGAACACUUACAGUAAUGUGGUCUUGGACGCCGCCAAUGCCGCUGGCGUUGCGAAUGAUAACGGUGCUAGCUUAAUGGUGCAGCAACAGCAACAACAGCAGCAGCAGCAGCAGCAACAGCAACAACAACAUCAACAGCAACAACAACAACAGCGACAACAGCAGCAGCAGCAACAACAACAGCAGUCACUUAACACAAAUUUGGAAGACAAUAACUGCGCAUCGACGCUCAUCGGUCAGUGCAUGGAGGCGCUUAACAAUGAGCCACAAAUUGACGAAUUUACAUUGGACAGCUUUCAACCUGGUCUCGACUGCAAUCUGGAGGAGUUGAUCCGGCAGGAGAUGAGCAUUGACGGCAUGUUAGACAUCAAUAUACCGUUCACCGCUGACCCCACAAGUGUUGCCAACGAUACGGCGAAUUUGGUUAAUAGCGCCCUCGGCGUUGCGAAUAAUGCGCACCAACAACAACAACAACAGCUGAAUCAGUUGCAGGCUCAGUUACCCCAGCAACAGCAGCAACAAUUGAUGCCAUCACUGUUGAAUAGUAUCGCUAGCAAUAACAACAACAACAAUAAUAACAAUAGUAACAUGUUAGAGUUGCCAACCGCCACACCGACGCAAACAAAUCUAAACGCACGCGUACAAUACUCACAAGCGAGCGUCGUGACGCCACCAUCGUGGGUGCACUAGAGCGGUGCGUGUGCAUGGCGAGUGGCUGUUACUGCGCGCAAUGUGGAGUAAAUUAGUUAUAACUAUAACAACAACAACAUUAUUAGCUAAAUAGAGUGGUAAUCUAAUCGGUGGAUUUUGUAAACACUAGCAAAUGAGAAGUAAAAGAGAAUACUAAUAACGAGUAAUUGGUAGCGAUUGCCCGCCAAACCCGAGUGUAAACGAGGUGCAGCAUGACGAAUGACCCACUGGUGAGGUGGUGGUGACAUUCGAUAUGCAACAGAGUGUACAUAAAUACAUAUGUACGUUUGUUUAAUGUAAAUUGAUCUGCGCCGCAAGUUGGGCAGUCUGGUAGCGCCAAGCCAAUUCAACACUAGAGUUAUGUAUUUGGAUACAUACAUACAUAUAUAAAUAUACUAUAUACACACAUAGCAAUCGGUAGUUGACGAAAUGAUUUAAUCUAUAACCUAACUGUAAAAAUAAUGCCAACGAAUUGCUUUCUACCUUCUACCCACAUUACAACAAAAAUCAGUUUACAAAUAAAAACUGAGUCUAAAUCAAAAAACAACAAAUAAAAAAUAAAAACACAAAAAUAAAUACAGCAAAAAAACUAAAACAAAAAUAAUGGUCAUAUGAAAUAAGCUUAAACAUUGGUUGGAUAACAACAAAAAAACUAUGAAUAAAACAAAAACAAAACAAGGACAAUAGCGACAUUGGAAACGGAUUAGAGCUAACCAACUGCUAGUAUAACCGUAAACAAGCGGAUAGCAUACAGACUCUAUAUGGAAAGCUAAUUUUUCUGGUCCCAUGGUCGAAGCAAAACAAUACAACAUACAUAAUUACAUACAGACAUCUAUAUAAAAAAUUAACUGAAAUUAGCUACAAUAAUGUUUAGUACUAGUAGUAGUAAGAAAUGUGUUUGUAAAAUGUAGGCAACAACAACAAUACUAUAAAUUUUCUGUAAAUAUGCAUGUUAUAACGUCAACUUUAGUUUGUUAAGCAACAAAAAGAAAAACUAAAAUUAACACAUAAAUAUACUUUGUAUUUCUCAGCUAAAAAAUAAUACAAAAAUGUUGUACUAAAAUAUGUGCUAAAUAAUAUAAAAUAAAAUAAAUGAUAAAUAUAGGACGAAAAGAAAACGCUAAAAAUUAUGAUAAAUGGAAUCCUGAAAGCAACGUAAUACGUAAUAUAAUAUAAUUAGCAAAAUUUCAUAAAUAAAAGAAAUAAUUAAUUUUGUCUUGCUUAUAACUUUUUUUUAUAAAAUAACUGUAAUGCAAAGUAUGUAAAACAUUGAAACUGAGCAUAAAAUGUAAAACAUGUUAAUACGUUUAAGUUACAACAACAAAAAAGUGUUUUCAUUAUUUCUAAAAUAAAGAAAAAAACAUAUUUUUAUUUGUGAAAAAUAAGAAAAAGAAAAAUAUUUCAUAUAAAAUAGUAAGCAUAAAUAGCGCGAUAAAUUUAAAUGUUAAAAAUAAAAAAAAAAAUGGUUAAAAGUGUUUAUAAUUUUUCUUUAAGUAGUACAAAAUGUAGAACGGCAACGUCAUAGCUGUAAAAUGUAAGCAUAAAUGUAAGCCAAGCAAAUAUACAAAAAAAAAAAAAUAAAGGAUGAAUGUUUAUUACACUACAAGCAAAAA